AUGGCUCCAGCAGCUGCCGGAGAAAGGUCUUUAAAAGAGACACCCACAUGGGCUGUUGCCAUUGCCUGUGCAGUUUUCAUACUUAUUUCUAUAUUUAUAGAACAAGCAAUUCAUGCUCUUGGGAAGUGGUUCCAGAAACGCAAUAAGAAAGCUAUGCUUGAAGCUUUGGAGAAAAUAAAAGCUGAGCUCAUGCUUUUGGGAUUCAUAUCUCUACUACUUACGGUGGGCACAAGAUAUCUUCCAAAAAUAUGCAUCCCAGAAAAGUACGGAAAUACUAUGCUUCCAUGUGAGCUAGAAGGCAAGUAUAAAGAUGAUGGGGGCGGCAAGGACGAUGAUGGCAAAAACAAAGGAGGAGGAGGAGGAGAUGGUGAUGAUAAUGAUAGGCGACGAAAGUUACUGGAAUUUGCUGAAACCAUGAUAUGGCGUCGAGUUUUAGCCGCCCCUAGUGGAGGAGAUUCCUCUGCUUGUUCAGAGGGUAAAGUGCCGCUGAUAUCUCCAUCUGGGAUGCACCAAUUGCACAUCUUCAUCUUUGUGCUUGCUGUUUUUCAUGUUAUGUAUAGUGUCCUUACUAUGGCACUCGCGCAUGCCAAAAUGAAGAAAUGGAAAGCUUGGGAAUCAGAGACCUCGUCCUUGGAAUAUCAAUUCACAAAUGACCCUUCAAGAUUCAGGUUUACUCGACAAACUUCAUUUGUGAAGCGUCAUUCAGGAUUUUCUACAAUGCCUGGAAUAAGAUGGAUUGUGGCAUUUUUCAGGCAGUUCUUUGGUUCCGUCACGAAGGUGGACUAUUUGACCAUGCGCCACGGAUUUAUCAAUGCACAUUUUGCUCCAAAUAGCAAAUUUGACUUCCAUAAGUAUAUUAAGAGAUCCAUGGAAGAUGACUUCAAGGUCGUCGUGGGUAUUAGUAUACCACUAUGGAUUUUUGCCGUGGUGUUUUUGGUUCUAAAUGUUCACAAAUGGCACGCGUUCACUUGGUUGUCAUUGGCGCCACUCGUUAUUCUUCUUCUGGUGGGUACAAAGCUUGAGCUUAUCAUCAUGGAGAUGGCUCAAGAAAUGCAUGAUCGAACUACAGUUGUUAAAGGCGCUCCCGUUGUAGAGCCAAGCAACAAGUUCUUUUGGUUUAAUCGCCCUGAGUGGAUUCUCCUCUUAAUUCAUUUCACAUUAUUCCAGAACGCUUUCCAAAUGGCGUAUUUCUUAUGGACAUCUUCUGAAUUUGGGUUCACAUCAUGCUUCCACGAAAACUUGCCUCUGAUACUGACAAGGGUCUUCCUUGGGGUAGCCCUACAGAUCCUAUGCAGUUACAUUACCUUCCCUCUUUAUGCUUUGAUUACACAAAUGGGAUCUCACAUGAAGAAAGCAAUUUUCGAGGAGCAAACGGCAAAGGCUCUUAAGAAUUGGCAGAAGGCUGCAAAGCAGAGAAAGAAGUUGAGGAAAGCAGGUGAUGCUUCUUCCUCAGGGUUUGUAAGUGGGGAAAAUACACCAAGCCAGGGUUCAUCCCCACUGCAUUUGCUUCACAACCAAAAGCACAGGUCCAAUCAAUCCGACCUCGAAAGCGUACUUAAUUCCCCUAGAUCGGUAUCUUAUCAAUCUGACACUGAUCUCUCCGAGAGGGAGGGCUCCGCACAUGAUGGGAAUGGUAUAAGAUCAGAAGAUCAACCUGCAGCACUAAGGAGAGAAGGAUCGCAUAGCGUUGAUUUUUCAUUUGUUAAGCCUUGA